AUGGGGGCGCCGCUUCUAUCUCCGAGUAGCUCCCUUCUCUCGAAGCGUCAGCGGGAGGCAGCGGCUGAGAGUUCCCGAGCGGGGGCGGCUAAGAAGGCCCGCGGUGAUGAGACAGCAGGAACUGUCCGAGCGAUAGAAGGUCGGGAUAAUGUUCCCCAGGUAAGCAUUCCUGGAGCAGCGACGUCUGGAUCUGGAGCUGUACUGCCUACCUCUUCUGCUGCAGUGGGGGCGGUCCCGGCGGCUUCGAAAGACACUCCUCCGCAAUCUGGUGUGAGGCCACCGACGGGAGUUCCAGCGGCUUCUGCGUCCGCAUCAGGAGGUGCGAUUGAGAAGGUGAUUUCCAUUCCUUCUGACGAGGAAGGGGAGGCUGGAGAUGAGGAGGGGCCCACCAGCUCGGGCACCUCGACCGUGAUUUCGUCUACGGCGGAGGAGGUCGCCCUCUCUCCCUUGGAACGCUGGCGAAAAACGCAGGUAGAGCGAGCUCUGGCGAAUUUCGAAGAUACUUUGGCCCACUGCACCCGACUGGUCUUGGAGGAGAAUUGCCCCUUCGAAGAAUUCAAGGAAGUUCUUGAACACGAUGCGUCCUUCUUGCGUAAGAGGCUCGGUGCUACCGCGGCGAGGCCCUAUUUUCAGCGUCUGAACGAAGUGGAGGGGGCUGUUCGGCAGCUGCUCGCUCUUCGUGCGGAGAGUUCCACUCUUGUUGAUCUCGCCUCCCGCGAAGUUCGAGUAGCUAUGGUAGAUCGUGAUCGCCGCCUGAACGAGAACAUGACGCUAGAGUUGAAGUUGUCAGCAGAGUCGGAGCAGGUCAAAGCCGAGGAUGCACGGGUGGCCCGCGAUGAAGAAACGGUCGAUAGCCAGUUCUCCCGACUCUCCUUCGAAGUAGAGAGGCUGAAACAGGUUGUAGCCGAAGCACAGGCUGCCCUGGCCGUUCAAGAGAAGGCUCGUGAUCAUGUGGCAAAAGAGUUGGAGGGCGUUAAGUCUCGCCGGCGAUUGACCACUGGCUCUGUUGCGGAGAAGGAUCGAGCUUUCAAGGAUGUCAGAGAGGCUAUUCAGGAUUUGAUUUCAUGCACAGAGGAAGAUAUUCGUCGAGAGGUCCUAAGGAGGCUUGAGCUCCGCCAUGCUGAAGAAAUUCGUGAGGCGGAACUGAGAUUGAAAUCCCUGUAA